GGGGGGGUGAUUGCAGAAGCUCUUUCCUUAAGUCUAGCCAUCUGUCACCUGCAUCGCUUCCUGGGGAGAGACAGUCCACCUCCAGUGCUCCGGAGAUUCGGUGUCAACUGCGUGAGGAGGGGGGACUGGCCUUCUUGCCCCCCAGGCUGGAAGAGGAAGAGCUGCUGCUGUGGAGGGGAGGACUGGACACGUCGGAGGCACUGUCCUGCGUCAGCAAUGAGAUCCCUGCCCAAGACUGCAGGCAGGGGGCCCUGUUCUGGGCCUGUGUUCGCAAUGACUCUGCCCAGCUUCAGGCCCUGCUGGAUGGUGGGGUCACCCCAGAGGAGGCCACCCAGGUGGAUGGCAAUGGGAGGACAGGACUCAUGGUCGCAUGCUACCGUGGCUUUGGGAGUGUUGUGGCCCUACUCAGCCGCUGUCCUUUCCUGGAUGUGAACCAACAGGACAAAGAAGGAGACACAGCCCUCAUGCUGGCUGCCCAAGCAGGCCAUGUGUCUCUGGUGAGGCUCCUGCUCAACUACUAUACGGGCCUGGACUUGGAGCGCCGAGACCAGCGGGGGCUGACGGCAUUGAUGAAGGCCGCCAUUCGGGACCGCUCUGAAUGCGUGGCUGCCCUCCUCAUGGCAGGUGCUGACCUGACAGCAGUGGAUCCCGCUCGGGGCAAGACGGCCCUGGAGUGGGCAGUGCUGACCGACAGCUUCGACACCGUGCGCAGGGUCCGGCAGCUGUUGCGGCGGCCCCGAGUGGAGCAGCUCAGUCGGCAUUUCCAGCCUGAGUGGCCAGCCUUGCCCGAGCUCGUGGCCCAGGCCCGGGCCCAGGUUGCCCCAUCUCUCCUAGAGAGAUUACAGGCCACCCUGAGCCUCCCCUUUGCCCGGUCUCCUCAGGAGGGGGGUGUCCUGGACCACCUUGUGACCAUCACUACCAGCCUAGCCAGUCCCUUCCUCACCACUGCCUGCCGCACCCUGUGCCCCGACUGCCCGCCUGCCCUGGGAACUCGAAGCAAGUCUGUGCCAGAGCUGCUAGGCACCGCUCCUCCCCCUCCCCCAGUACCCCAGCCCCCCCAGGUAGUCCCUGGUCCCCGGGUUCUCACCCCCUACCACAGUCCGCAGGGUGUGCUGAGCAUGUGCCCUCAGUGGCUCCAGCCCAGGGACAGUACCAAUCCCAGGCCCCAAGUCCCGAAGAUCCUCUUCUCCAAGGCUCCCUCAUGUCCCAGCCAAUGCAAGCCAGAGCCCAGGCCUACAGGGCACUGCAGGCUGGCCCUUCCUGUCUGGCCAUACCAGGAGCUCAGGAUGCAGAGGAGGAGGAGUUGGGAGGAGGCGGCCGGGUGUGUACAGAGCCAGGGGAAGAAUGGCUAGGUCAGACUGGGGGCAGGGAAUCAGCCCCCUCCUGUAGCCUCCUCUGCCCUGUACGACCCCUUCUGCCUGUCAUCCUACGUGCGAGGGUAUUCACACAACACUGUCUGCAGCAGUGAAAGAGUGGAACAACCUAAGUGUCUACAGGCGCCUGGCUAGAUCGAUCAUGGGUGUAGCUACCGGACACCUAUACGAUGUAUUCCAUGCAGCGAUAAGACAGGAGUAAGGAAGCUCUUUGCGAUCUGGUAUGAAACUAUCUUCCAGACGUUUGAGGGAAAAAUAACCAAGGGCGGCUGUAUGGCAUACCGCCAUUUGUCAAGGUAAAAUUGGCACAAAGCUAAACGUGAGUCACACAAAUAUCAAGUGAGCACCGACAGCUAUUUAACUACUUAGUGAGUGAAGCAGCAGGAUGGGUGGAAGGAAGAAACAAAAACCUAUUGAUAGCCAGUGGGGAAAAGGAAGCUGGAAAAAGACUGUGACAUUAAUAGAAAAAGUUAAUUCCUCUCUGGCAAUAAAAUCAUAACUUUUUUCUCUACCAGAUAAAAAUAAUUUGCUGUUUAUUGAUCUUCUACAGGUUAACCUCUUAACUUUACAGAGUCUGGGCACCGCUCAGUAGUAAGUGCUGUGUCCAACACAGUGCCUUUCCCAGGAUGGCCCAUAGGGGGCGUGAUUAGCCAGUGGCUGAAACACCUCUGCUCUGGUGCCCAGUAAUUUUGUUGUGUGCCUCACUUAACAUCUUGGACUUUUUUUCUUAACACAUGUGUUGCAUACAUAUAUUUGCUUGUAUAUUUGUAAUAAUAAAAGCAACGCUUAUAAGGUGCUUACUAUAUACAUUUAACACUCCCAAUAAUCCUAUGAGGAGUUUAUCUGUGAGGACGUGGGGCACAGAGAGGGUAAGGAGUUACCCAGUGUCACACAGCUAGAAAACGGCAAAGAUCAAGAGUGAGAGCCAGUUGUGGAGGCCAGUCUCUCUUU